AUUGCAUGUUUCUUCAAAGGAUAUGAUGCAAAUUUUUUAGAAAGAAUACUUGAUGGUUGUGACCUCUUUGCAAUCAUAGGAAUACAAAGUUUGAUUGAUAAGACUCUCAUAACCAUCAUCAACAAUAAGCUGCGAAUGCAUGAUCUGCUGCAAGAAAUGGGUAGAGAAAUUGUCCGAGAAGACUACUAAACAACCUGGAGACCGUAGUAGAUUAUGGAAAACUGAGAAUAUCCAUUAUGUGUUCAAAGGAAACAGGGGAUCUGCAAAAGUUGAAGGCAUAUUCCUAAAUACAUCUGAGAUGAAAGAGAUAAUUCUGAGCCCUGAAAUCUUCUCACAGAUGCAUAAUCUAAGGUUGCUUAAAAUUUAUAAUUUUGAUGAGGAAGAGAAAUGCAAACUGAAAUUUCCUCAAGGUCUUCAUUGCCUUCCUGAUGCACUUACAUAUCUAUAUUGGGAUGGAUACCCUCUUAAAUCUUUGCCAUCAUAUUUUAGUCCAGAGAACAUUGUUAUCCUUCAAAUGCCUUACAGCCAACUUGAGGAACUUUGGAAUGGCAUUCAGGAUCUUGGGAAGUUAAUAGAGAUGGAUCUUAGUCACUCUAAGCACUUGACUAAAAUCCCAGACGCUGCUCACGCUCCGAACCUUGAGACUAUAAAUCUUGAAUACUGUAUAAAGUUAGUUUUGGAAGGAUGUACAGAAAUAAAAGAAGUUCCCUCAUCGAUUGGAUCUCUAGACAAACUCGAGUCUUUGAAUCUUCACAACGGUAAAGUCCUUAUGAAUCUUCCGAGCAGCACUAGUAAUAUGGAUUCACUCAAAUCUCUGAGUCUCUCUGCCUGCGCAUCCAUUGACAUGUUUCCAAGUCUUCCAAGGUUUCUAAGUCGGUUAGAUAUAAGUGGAACCCCGAUAAAGGCAGUUCCAUCAUCAGUAGACGAACUGUCUGGUCUAGUUAAGUUUUAUCUCAAAGGUUGCAAAAGGCUUGAGAGUCUCCCUACUCGCAUUUAUAAUCUAAAAGCUCUCACAUUUCUUUCUCUCUCUGUAUGCUCAAAAUUGAGAUACAUUCCGGAAAUCUCAGAGCCUUUGGAAAGUUUACGCUUCCUCCAUUUGGAUGAAACAAGAAGUAAAGAGCCACCCUCUUCCAUUGGAAAUCUAAAGGGGCUUACAGAAGAGAACCUUGACAACUGCUGCAAGCUUAAAGCUCUACCAGACAGCAUCAAUAAAUUAAACAAUACAGAACACUUUUCCUUGUUUGGCUGCUCAAAACUUGAAAAAUUCCCAACUUUAUCAACUUCUUUAGCAAAUUCGAAUGCAUGCCAACAUAGCCUGGAUUUAAAAUUUUUCAAUUGUAUGAUGUUGGAUCAUGAAGCAAGCAGGGGAAUAAUGGCUGAUGUACAUAUCAGAAUUUUGCGUAUGGCAGCUUCUACAUUAAAAGCUAAGAAUGAAUUUCCAUUCUUUGCAUCACCCUCGUUAAGAAUUUGGUGUCCAGGAAAUGAAAUUCCAGAUUGGUUUACGUACCAAACAGAGGGAGAUGAAACUCCAGAUUGGUUUACGCGGCCAUCAAAGGGAUCUUCACUGAAUAUCCAGCUUCCUCUAAAUUGGCACUCCAACUUGUUGGGUAUCGCUCUCUGUACUGUUGUUGCAUUCAGGAAUUGCGAUCGUAAUUUACCUUUGUGGAUAUCAUGUAAAUGCUCAUUGAAGAGGAACAAUGGUAUAGGCCAUAAGUUCAACUGGUUUAUGAACUGGAAUAGGAUGAUGGCUAGCAAGACUUGGGGAGUUGCAGAAUCUGAUCACAUGUUCCGGUGGUAUGACCAUAGCAUCUUUGAGGAUUUUAUUAAGAAACAAGCAAACUUUUUUUCCUCUACUUGUAAUGCCACAUUUAUUUUCAACCCAGUGCAUCAAUUUUCAACCAUCACAAAGUGUGGGAUCAACUUAUUAUAUGCCCAAGAUGCAGAGAGACUUGGUAUCCUUAGUCAAGAUGAUAGGGAACCAGAUGUCAAACAUAAUAUAACUAAGAGAAGCCGGAAUGCGUUUGAAGCCGGUGAAGGUGUGAUUUUUAUAAGCUCUGACGAGGAAGAAGAAGAUGAUCAACCAAAUCCUAAGAGAAUUUGAUGCAUCUCUUCCAGAUUAAUGUAAGGUGACUCCUUUCAUCAUUCUAGUAUCCAUUUAUGCUUAGUUAAUUUCUUAUUUUGUUUUGGACGUUAAUGGAAUUGUGUUUAGCUUGCAUUAAAUACAAAUUAUUCUACUUCUUA